AUGAACUGUUCCGAAACACCCACACCCUAUGAUAUCUACAACUUCUUCUUAAGCCUCCGCGAAUCGCUCCCUGACGAUAGUGACUACACAGAGCUGUUUGCCAUUCUCUCUAUCCCCAAAGACGUAAUGCCCACUUCAGAGUUGCUGCAAAACGUGCUCCCAUACUUCCGUCGCGCCUCAAACCCUGGGUUAUUCACCACCUUCCAAGUAAUCAUGCGAAACGCGGAAAGUAACCCCGCGUUUGAGAGCACAUUUAUGCGUGUGUGUGAGUCGUUGGACGUGUUGGAAAAAAUCGAGGCAGCGUUGUUGUAUAAUAAAGGGCUGUUUGAGGCCUAUUUGCAGGCGUUGCAGCUGGAUAAUGCCUCGGCUAGUCAUCAACAGGUUAUGGACAGCUUGCAAAGGUUUUUAAAUGAGAGGUGCACCCCGUCUACUAGGUUACGUGUGCAGAAAGUUUUCGCGGAAGAGGGGGCAGCUGACGAGCUUGGAUUAAGCAACGAGGUCCUUGCAACAGCCGCAUUCAUACUCGAGGACGAUGCACUUUACAUUAAGAUCCUCGAGACGCUUCAGUUAAACUACCGCGAAAACCUCGCGUGGAGCGGUGUAGUCGAUCGCAUAAAAAAGAUUGUGUUGGAGAAGAAACCGAGGGUGUGGUCUGAAUUUGAGGCUUUCUUGGAUGAUUUCCAUCCAAGCGGACGACAAGAUCAAACCGUUUAUUAUCCAUUACCCGAAAAUUACCAACAGCAGAACUACUACAACAAAGACUUCGCCACCACCAACAUCAGCAAUGACUACGCCGCUUUCUGCGAACAGUAUUUGGACAGUGAACCAGAUAAUUAUGAUGAUGAAGUUUUUGUGUACGAACCACAAGAAGUAUUAAAUACUACCACCACUACCAAUAACACGAUCAAUCUCUUGGAACAAAAACUUGCCGGGGUUUCUCUUGGUGACAGUACCGUUUCAACUAAUGGUAACAAUAAGGGAAAUGGCAAAGAAGUAAAUGGUGGUAUCGUUGAGAUGCCGCAGCAGCAACUUCAACAACGUGAAGUUUUGGGACCUGUGUAUUAA